UGCAAUCUAAGCAUGAAAGUGUUAUUUGUUCUUUUGCCUUUGGCUCUUGUCUCUGCAAGUGAGCCUGAGGCAAUAACCACUGCAUCCCUGGAUCAGGAAGAGCCUCUGAAUAUCAUAACUAAUGGAUAUAUAGCCCCUGAGGGAAAAGCACCGUAUAUUGUAUUCCUUUCUUUUCGAAAUAGCAGGAGCGGUUCGUGGUGCGGUGGAUCAAUGAUUGGACAUACUUGGGUCGUAACCGCUUCUCACUGUUCGAAGGGGUUCAGCUCCGUGACCAUCUACUACGGUUCAAACCAACGCGCUCAAGGUUCAAUUAGUCACACUGUUAGCGGCAGCAACAUUAUAAACCAUCCCAGCGAUGACAUCGCCCUGAUUCGUACCCCACACGUUGCAUUCUCCGCCCGUAUUAACCGCGUUCGGCUGCCCAGCUUUAGUGAUCGCGGUAAUCUUUACGUCAACCAAUGGACGACGGCUUGCGGCUGGGGUCAGACAACUUCAACAAAGACACCCGAAAAUCUGCAGUGCGUCGAUGCACCUGUUAUAUCCAAUGCGCAAUGUGCCAGAAUUUUUGGCUCACGCACGGUUCAUAGAAGAGUGCUCUGCACCAGUACCUUAGGCGGCAGGUCAAUUUGUUUUGGUGAUUCUGGAGGACCGCUGGUCACGCAAAGCAAUCCAAUUCUGAUUGGAGUCACUCAUUUUGUUUCAGCCAAAGGUUGCACUGCCGGAGAGCCAGCUGGAUUCACACGCAUCACAAGCCAUCUGGAUUGGAUACGUCUACAAACUGGAAUUGCAUACUAACCGCUGAUCUUUUAUAUAAUCUAUAUUCCUAACAAAACAUUUAUAUCUGCUUAACAAAUAAUAACAAUUUUUAGUUGCAA